AUGCAUCCAUACCCCACCAACGUUCGUUGCGUCGAGCCUCGUCCCGUCGACGCGCCGCGAAGCUCAAGCACCCACCUCCGCUCCGAUGAACGCCAAGCGUUGUACGAAACACUGCUUGGCGUUUCAUCGCAAGGCGUACUACCCCGUGGAUCCAUUGUUCGUGUUUCUGCCCAGUUCGGUUGCCACGCGCUAACUGUGUCGCGAAUUUGGUCGCGCGGACUGCAGUCCGUCCAAGAAGGAUGCAUGUGUGCCGAUGUCGCAUCGAGAAUUCGCGGUAAUUCUGGACCCAAGCGAAAGCGAACGAACGAAGAAAUUGAAGCAGCGAUUCAUCAAGUACCUCAGGCGUCACGGCAGACCUUGAGGUCCAUGGCCUUCAAGAGCAAACAAUAUACCCAAGUCGACGAUUAUGAGACACAUGAAAGAAGCGGCGAGUUUGAAGGCGCGAUCAAGUUAUGUCAAGCCCUAUCUUACUCCAAGUAA